AAAACUUCAUAGUAAUAGGAAGAUUUGUGUGAUGGCUGUGUUAUCCGGAUCCGGUAAUACUGUUUGUAAAGAAACUCGACUACGAAAACACGCUGAAAAAUCGAAACAAAUCAUUUAUUAGGAUGAAUUCUGUAAUGUACAGCAAGGCUAUUGUUGCCGCAAACGGCGGUAUCGUGAGACGAUAUUAUGGCCACAGAUUAUAUUAUAUCAACAGCAGGCAGUUGGGUACUCUAAUUCCUCAUUACAAAAGAAAACUAGAGUUGCAAGUAUCGUCAAAUUCCGAAGAUUACACCCAAUGUAGAGCUUAUCCGACAAAUGUUUUAUAUUUGCCUGUGAGAAAAUUUCACUUUGAUCCAAUAUGGAGAGGUCAAGAAGCAUCUUCCAAAGUUGAAGAAACUGUCAAAAGUAUUAAAGAAGAAAAAGAACGAAUCAAAGAGGAGAAAAAAGUCAUACUCAAAGAUGUGACUGCACAAGUUCAAGAGAAAGCCGUUGUUGAGAAGCGUACUUUGAUACAAAAAGUGAAAGCAGAAUUAUUACACUAUUAUCAUGGAUUCCGUCUGCUUGGGUUGGACAUUAAAGUAUGUUCAAAAUUGGUUUGGCGAGUAAUGAAAGGAAAGGAACUCAGUAGAAGAGAGCACCGACUGCUUGUCAAAACAACCGGAGAUGUUUUCAGACUUAUUCCGUUUUCAGUUUUUAUUAUCGUUCCGUUUAUGGAAUUUUUAUUACCAGUGGCGAUAAAGUUUUUCCCAGGUAUGUUGCCAUCAACUUUUCAGACUGCCAACGAUAAGGAAGACAAGCUGAAACAAGCAUUGAAGGUUAAAAUCGAAAUGGCUAAGUUUCUUCAAAAAACCCUCGACGAUAUGGCGGUACAGUCGUCCGAUCACCGCUCUACAAAAGCGAAAGAAUUCUCCGAAUUUUUCCACAAACUACGAUCGUCUGGACAAGUCGCUUCUAACGAAGAAAUAAUGAAGUUCAGUAAACUCUUUGAGGACGAAAUAACUCUGGAUUCAUUGUCGAGAGCACAACUCGUUGCUCUAUGUCGCGUACUUGAUGUCCAGACUUUGGGUACUACGAAUUUUUUGCGAUUUUUGCUACGAAUGAGACUCAGAAGCCUCGCCGCCGAUGAUAGGUUGAUCGAUAAAGAAGGAGUUGACACUCUUACAAGAGCGGAGCUCCAACAGGCGUGCCGAGCUCGCGGUAUGCGCGCUUACGGAAUGCCAGAAAAUCGUUUGAGGGAUCAGCUCGCAUUGUGGUUAGAUUUGAGUAUCAACAAAAAAGUACCACCGUCCCUGUUGCUUCUGUCGCGAGCUUUAAUGGUUCCCGAUACGAUGCCGAUGUCGGAUAAACUCAAGGCAACUAUUUCGGCGUUGCCCGACGAUAUUCUUGCGCAUACGAAGGGAGCGAUCGGUGAGAAAGAGGGCAAGGUUGACCACAGAACCAACAUCGAGAUCAUCAAGCUCGAAGAGCGCAGAAUUGAAGAGGAGAGACAGGAACAAAAAGAGGAAGGAGAAACUGUGCCGCAUCCAACGAUACUCAUGAGCGACGACAAGAAAGACGAAAUCACAACAACAGAUGUGAAAGUCCUUGAGCAAGCCCUCGACUCAAUCGGCAAGGAGAAAAAGAAACUGUCCGUUGAGAAGGAAGAACUCAAGGAACUGAAAGAAGAAAUGGCCGAAUAUCAGGAGGACAUACAAGAACUCGAUCAAAUAAAAAAAGAAGCGAUAGGACAAUCUGACAUCGAAGACAUCAAAGUUUCCAAGGGUGCCAAGAGACUGUAUACCAAGGUCAAUAAAAUGAUUGGCAAGAUGGACGCGGUCCUUGCGGAGCUCGAACAAUCCGAAAAACAAGUCAAACAGAAAAUCGACUCACUUGCACCUGAGGAGAAACCGGAUUCGAAGGCCGUUGAAGAAUUGGUGCGAAUAGACGAGCUCAUCGCUACUAUUAAGCAAAUUCACAGCGUACCUGACGAAUUUAGGUUGAAACGUAUGGCUGAAGUGCUCAGGAAAAUUGACGAUGACAGGGACGGUGCAAUAAAGAUCGAGGAUGUUUUGAAGGUCGUUGAGCUCAUAGGCAAAGAAGAUGUGAAGCUCAGUAAAAAGCAGGUCAACGAGCUGAUUGAGUUAAUGGAAAAAGAAGAAGUUCUAGAGGUGGAAGAUCAGAUUCAGAAGGCUUUGCAGAAAGAGAGCAAAGACGCGAAGGACGAGGAAGAGCAGAGCGUGAGAGUAGCGGGAAUAUCGACCGUCCCUGCCACACCAGUCACAAAAGAGUCCAAGCUCAAUAAGGAAGAAUUCGAUGAAGAGACGAACGCAGCUACAAAAACUGCCAGCGCAUCAACGUCUUCCGUCACACAUCCUCGAGAUGUUCCAACGCAAUCGGAUAAAGGCAACGACACUGUGCGAACUCCCCCAAUAGCGCCGACCGUCCCACCUCCAUCAAAAAAGGCCGAAGGUUCUAAGCAGCUAUGAUUUUCGCACAAGUCUUAAACAACAUUCAACGGCAUAGUCGAAUUAUUUAUAAAGAUAUAUUUCGAUCCCCAUUCGAACAACGUUGAAAGAACUUCAUCACACACGUCAUUCGUUCAAAGGGGUGUUUUUUUUUAAAUAUUAUUUUAAAAAUUUUCAAAGCCAAUUCUUGGUAUUUUUCAGCAAUGACUAAGGCACCGUAAUUUGCGAAAAAUGAGAGAUUCGAAGCGAUCACAUGAAUUUUAUGCAUUUUCAAUUGAUAUUGUCCAGUCAUGUCGCGAUCAAAUCUUUUAUAUACUUAAAAGGAUUCACCAAUUCGUCCAACAAUCCUUUAUCAAUUUUUGAGUCAUUGGGACAACGAUCCUUCCGGAGAUGUGAUGCAUUUACUGACAUCUGCGAAUGCAAAAUGCCUUCGCUAUUUGUUAUAAUGACAUUUGUUGGCAAGUGCUGGUCAUACGUCACAUUAAUCGAUAAAAAGAAAUUCAUAUUCAUUUCAACCGAAAAUCCGAUCUAGCUCGAUACCUUGGCGGCGAGAAGAAAGGAGAAGGAAUACCAUUCCAAUGAAACGAAGCUUCACGAAAUAUUGCCAAACAUUUCUGGCUCUCAAAAUAUUUGAUUUGUGAAUACUACAGUAUGUGAGCAAUUAAACGAGAGGCGUGAACGCACUAUUAUUUAAAAGAUAAAUAACGGCCUCGCGAAGGUGUUUAGGCGCGACGUCAUGUACAAUUAUACAUAUAAUUAUUUUGCUUCAUAUAUAUAUAAAAUAUAAGAUAAAUUGUUUAAUCCAUGUAUCAAAUACCGAUGUAUAAAGAGGGAAAAAAUGAAAACUAAAGCGCGUGGGUAUGUUAUAACAAAAAUCUUUUUUUCAUGUGACAUUUGCAAAAAAAGAAAAAAACAAACAAACAAACAUGUGAUUUUGCUCUUUUUCUUAAAGACAAGAUUUAAUUAUGUUUUAAACGUAAUAAUUUUGCCAUUUAUCAUUUUUAGGCACGAGCGAACUUAUACUACUGGAACAAUGCCAAUUUUCGAAAGUUUGUUCAACUAUGUCGUGUAUAAUGGAAUAAAUUUUUCUUGGUUCAA